UUAUAUUAUACUAAUACGAAUCUAUAAUUGAAUAAUAAACUACAUUUGUUACACACUCAUCAACUUAGAAAUACAAUCAACUUAAAAAAAUUUUAAUGAGCCAAUUGUUUCUCCUGUGUAUUAUAUUUGGACUAAAGUGCUCUUAGUUGUCAUUAAACGAACUAACAUUCGACACUGAUGCGUUUAAAUAUUCGCCGGUUAGUACUGCACGUGAGGUAACGCGAUUAUCGCGUUAUGUAGACGUCUUUUAUACACAACACAAUUAUUUUACUAGUACCUAUUGAUAACUUUAUUUUACUAAAUUAUUUCUGGACAUGUAAAUGAUGUAAUAUUUGAAAUAUUUUGUACAAAAUAUACAAUUCUGCAUUGACCGAGUAUAAUCUGUUCAAUUUUCACAAUGGAAAAUAAAUUAUCGGAAGAAAAACUAAAGUUUCCAAAAUCUGUUUGGUACAUAAUAUGCAACGAAUUAUGCGAACGAUUCAACUACUAUGGUCUCAGAACGGUAUUAGUGUUAUACCUUACAACAGCAUUAAAAUAUAAUGACGAUGAUUCUACAAUGAUUUACCAUGGUUUCAUAUUUUUGUCAUAUUUUAUGCCAUUGUUUGGUGCUGUUUUAUCAGAUUCUUACUGGGGAAAAUAUAAAACUAUGAUACAACUAUCAUUAAUUUAUGCUCUGGGAAAUAUUGUUUUGACCGGUGCUUCUAUUGUAGACAUGAUCAACCUAGACAUUCAAAGAAUAAUAGCUUUAAUCGGGUUAGUUUUAAUUUCGAUAGGUACCGGUGGAAUCAAACCAUGCGGCUGUACUUUAGGUGGUGAUCAAUUUAAAUUACCAGAGCAACAAGAACAACUAAAGUAUUUUUUUAAUAGAUACAUCAUCGCUAUUUACAUAGGUGCAACUAUUUCUACUUUUAUAACACCUGAACUACGAAAUACUGUACAUUGUUUUGGAAAAGAUUCAUGUUUUCCUUUAGCAUUUGGUGUACCAGCUAUCCUCAUGAUUUUAGCAAUAAUCAUUGUAGUUCUUGGGAGCAAAAUGUACAUAAAAAAAAAACCGGAACAGGAUGUUAUUCUUCGCACCUUCACAUCAAUUUUUUAUGCAUUACGAAAAAAACUAUUCUCAACAACUGAUCAAAAACAACAUUGGAUCGAAAGUGCUCGAAGUAAAUACACUGACGUUGAAGUUUCAGACUCAAAAGCAGCUUUAGAAGUUUUAUUGAUAUUUUUAUCAUAUCCGUUGUUUUGGGCUCUUUAUGAACAACAAGGUUCACGUUGGACAUUGCAGGCAACAUUAAUGAACGGAAAAAUAGAUAACCUUAAUUGGGUAAUGAAACCCGAUCAAUUACAAACGGUCGUGCCGUUUUUUGCUUUAGUUUUUCUUUUGACAUUUGAUUAUUCAUUAUAUCCCAUUUUAAAGAAACUUGGAAUAAAAAAACCGUUACAACGAAUUAUCUUUAGCUAUUUCCUAGCUAGUAUUGCGUUUAUAGUCACUGCAAUUUUACAGUGGCACAUAUUUGGAGAAACGACAGUUAUAUCUCCUAAUGAAGGACUUGUUAAAAUUUACAAUGGAUUUGACUGUAACGCAACCAUAUCAUCUAUGAAAAUAUUAAAUAUCACAUCAAAAUCAUUAGAUGUGACCGAUAUUAAGUAUUUACCGAUUUUAGAUGUAACGGCAGAUGAUUAUACACUGAGUUUUGAUCCAUCAUGUAGUCCAUUGAAAGAUAGAAAAAUUAAAACCAAUAUAACAAUUCUUAAAGGAAAAUCAAUAUCAUAUUUUCUUACAAGAAAUUUCGAAGAAAAUGUUGUUUUGCUCCGCGUGAAUAAAGAAAGUGACAACUUUUUUAAACCUAAAAAUGGAAACCCCCAAUUAAGGAUUCUAACAAGUGAAAAUAUUCAUAACAAUGAAACAUUUGAAAUAGUUUAUGCAGAUAAAGAUAACAUGAAAACAACUUACAGCUUAUCUAUGUAUCUUAAUGGAUUUUUUCGUGGAGUAAAUCUUGGAAAUUAUAAGCUUCUGCAUAAUGGCAAAUCUUUAAACGAAAGUUUAAAUUUUACUCCUACAACUAUUUACACUCUUAUAGUUCAACGUAAUGAUGAUAAAAUGAACAUAAAACUACUUUCUAUGGACAACGGAAAUUAUCUGCACAUAUUAUGGCAAUCGCCACAGUACUUAUUCAUGAUUACAGCAGAUGUCAUUUUUGUGGCAACAACUAUUGAGUUUUCAUUUACUGAAGCACCACCAAGAAUAAAAUCGUUUAUAUCAGCAUGUUAUUCGUUAACUCAGUCUGUUGGUAACCUGUUGGUAGUCUUUGUAUCUGCUUUGUCAUUUAAAAAUCAAGUGCAUGAAUAUCUGUUAUAUUCUGGUUUGAUGUUUAUUAACACACUUUUUUUAAUUUAUUUAAGUUUAAACUACAAGUACAAGACGUUUAGUGAAAAUAACAUAAAAAAUACUACAGAAAAUUGAAUACUAUACAUUAACUCUUCACAUAACACUUCAUAAUGAUGACCACUAACUUAUUCGAACGAACUUAGAAGAGUAGGCUCCAUCCAUUUGACUAGCUAAAACAAUAUUUUAGGCAAACAAUCACCAAAAAAAGUUUAUAAAGUUACAUUUUAUUGUAUUAGCCUAAACACUAAAAAAUCCUGGGUACUCCACUUUUUAAUAAUCUAUUCAUAUUUUUGUAGAUUGAUAAUGUGUUAUCGUUUAUGUUUAUGUACAGUUUUGUAAUUAAUUAAAAAUAUUAUUGGUAAUUUUUAAA